GGGUUUCUUCAUACACAACAACAUAAGCCCACAACAACAUAACACCCAGGCAAGCGCAGCCGAAAGCCGUAUUUGGAGGAGACCAGCAGCAGCAAGUGUGUCGAUGUUUUAGCAUCAAGGAGACGGGAAGGAAAUGGAUUCUACGCCGUGGAAAUGGGAAACAAGCCGUACCGACGACGGCGACCGGAUGGUAUGAAGGGAGCCCAGCUGAAGGGAGCAAAAAAGCAGCAGCACAUCAACUGCAACGGUCGUCGAUACGAAACACCAACGACGAUGCACGUUUGGCCGCACUCGGAAGCCCUGGCCCUGGCCCUGGCCCUGGCCCUGGCAUUCGGAUUGUUGGUGUCCGCGUUAUCUAUCUGGACAGCAGGCGGCGUUAUUCCCGACGGCGUUAAUCCUCCGACAUCGUUUUCUGCUUCCAAAAAUCGGUAUCUGGUCGAUACGGUCGAGCUGAGUGAACCACGCGUUUGUAUGUUCCAGAUCAACACAUCCGGUUCACAGUGCACAGUAUUUCGGCCGUCAAGAUUAAUUCGCGUAUUCUCGCGAUACAGAGUUUCGCCGAUCGAAUCGCAGCAAUCACCGUUUGUACCGCUCACCGAUACCAACUUUCCGCUUUCGUCGAUUCUGCAGCCACAUCUAGUAACCUGUGAUCGGUGGUUAAGCGAUUGGCCUGCUUGGAUCAUGCCGCUUCGCAAAGCGAUCCUAUCGCACUCGAAGGACAAGGAAGGAGUGGAGGAAGCAACAGCAUCCAGCUGGAUCACCAGGAGACCAAUCCGGAACCGGGGGAAUUGCCGUUUCGUUCAACGGAUCCAGCACAAGUACCAAGAUGUGUCGUUACGGGACGAACUGCUCACGAGUCGAUUGUCACUUUGCACAUCCACGCAAAUCUUCAACCUGCGUCAUAUCAGCAGCCCCGGCCGGAGGGGCGGCAGCCACGCAGCGUCAUCAAUCUGUUCCGACGGUGAAACCGAGCCACAUGAGCGAACGCAGGUGGUCGACUAUCUGACCAAGUUAUCCGGCAUCAAUAUACAGUCGGAGACGCACGAUUCCGUCGAGGACGCUCGGACAGCACUGCAGCUGUACAAGCAUUAUCUACGGCUACAGGAAAAGGAUGAGUUUUCCCGGGCACUCUCGACGUUGUACGAGAAGGGCAAGCCUGUUGGAAAUUCCGUAGCUGCGUGA